AUGCACAUUGCGCCAACGGCUCCGAUGGACUGUUCAGAAGAGUUAAGCAGUCCUGUCGCAAAGUCUGAAGAUGCUACUGUCUUCUGGAACGAUGUACUAGAGAAAGUCUUAGUCGCAGCUGACAGGCAGAUCCAGCGCUUCGAUGCUGAGGAGCUGGUUGCCCACCGUCUCGACGAGGCAUGUGACACUCAGUUUGAGACCCAAGUCCGUUGGAAGGGAAAAGAUGAGACCUGGGAGCCUGAGGAAAAUAUCGCAAUAAAGAAAGCCACAGUUGCCACCGAUUCGAUGUGCGGACGCGUUCAUGGAACUGCGGCACAAGAUGUCGCAGCUGACACGCAGAUCCAUCGCUUCGUUUUUGAGGAGCUGCUUGCGCACCGUCGCGACCCGACAUGUGACACUCAUUUUGAGAUCCGAGUCCGUUGGAAGGGAAACGAUGAGACCUGGGAGCCUGAAAUAAACAUCCAGAAAGAUGCUCCGUUGGCCUUGUUCGCUUACUGGAAACGCCUGAAGGGCGGACGGGAAGGUGCGAUGGUGGACAAUGGAUUGUGGCACCCUUUCAAAGUCGAGUCUCACAAGAUCAAACCCGCUGGGAGCGUCUACUUGGAGGUCGCUUGGGUCGGGUCUCCUGAAACAUCUUGGGAGCCAGAAAAAGAAAUUCAAGAAGCUGACGAGAAACUUGUGAAAAGGUACUGGGCGUCUGUUGGCGGCCGUGCUGCGGCAAUGAAGAGACCGACCGAGGUUAAGUCUUCGGUAAACGGAGCCGUUCUAGGCGACACAACAGCUUGGAGCAACCGACAGAGGAAAAGACCAGCACCAUGA